AAAUGAAAUGAAAAGAUGGGCACGCUGGUUGCUCCCAAGGACUUCUCUCCUGUUGACGAUGCGGAGGCCAUCAAGAAGGCUUGCCAAGGAUGGGGAACGGAUGAGAGGGCCAUAAUCUCAGUCCUAGGACACAGGAACAUGUUCCAGAGAAGGCUCAUCAGGUUGGCCUAUGAGGAAGUCUACCACGAAGACCUCAUCAGGCAACUCCAGUCUGAGCUCUCUGGUCAUUUUGAGAGAGCUGUGUGCCACUGGAUCUUGGACCCGGCUGAUCGGGACGCGGUGUUUGCUAACUUGGCGCUGAAGAAGGCGACACCCGAUCAUCGGGUCAUUGUAGAGAUCGCAUGUCUCAAGUCCCCAGAGGAGCUGUUGGGAAUUAGGAGAGCGUACAAAUUCCGGUACAGGCGUUCCUUGGAAGAGGAUGUGGCCGCUCACACCAGUGGAGAUGUUCGAAAAAUACUCGUCGCUUUAGCGAGUGCUUAUAGAUAUGAUGGUGAUGACAUUGAUAAGGAAAUGGUUAAAUUGGAAGCGAGUAUUCUUCAUGACGAAAUCCAUGGGAAUGCUUUUAACCAUGAAGAGCUGAACAGAAUUUUGAGUACAAGAAGCAAGGUGCAGCUCAAUUCAACCUUCAAUCACUACAGAGACAUCCAUGGCACUUCUAUCACCCAGGGAUUGUCAGGAGACCCGGCAAACGAGUAUCUAGCGGGACUACGGACCGCUGUCAGAUGCAUCAAGGACCCGAAGAGAUACCUUGCAAAGGUGCUUCGCACUGCCGUGAAUGCGGUCGUAACCGACGAAGACGCUCUUAGCAGAGUCAUCGUCACCUGCGCAGAGAAGGACAUGGGGGAGAUCAAAGAGCUUUUCUUCAAGAGAAACAGCACUUCUCUCGAGGAAGCCGUGGCCAACAACACCUCAGGAGACUUCAAGGACUUCCUUCUGACUUUACUUGGGAGUGAAGACAUUUAGAGGAUUCUUCCUUCGCAGCGGUGUUUUUUUAGAUAGAAUAAGUGGAGUCGCAUUGCGUCCAAGUACAACAUAGUUAGCACUGCCAAAUGAUUGAUUUUUUUCCCCUUUUCUCCAUGGCUUGAAUUUUGACUUUCCCUUCCAUACCCAAAGUGGGAAAAGACACCUUGUUUCAGUAAUGGGGAUUCGCCAGUUCUCGAGUUGGAAAGCCUUUGCUGGUGUAUUG